UCACACACACACACACACACACAUAUCCUCCACUCCACCCACUAUGGAUACCGUGCUCUUCCACAGCGCCACCGCACCGUCGCCAUCAUCCAUGGCCAACAAGCGACCCUGCCCGUCGUCGUCGCCGCCGCCCCCUCCGCCGGCGUCGUCCUCGUCUUCGUCUUUCAACCAAAUCGACCACCUGUUCGACGCCUUCCUCUCGCUCGCCGACUCCUCCUCCCGCUCUCACUCCAUCGACCUCUCCUUCGACAGGCUCCUCGACUCGACAGCCUCCGAUCGGGAGCAGGCCCUGCUCAUCGACCGGGCUCUGCGGCUGGGCUCCUCCAUCACCGAGGCCGCCAGGCGCUCCGCGAGGAAGCGCGCCACCAAGCACAAUUCCGUCGCCUGGGCUCUCCCUCCAGAUCUCACAAUUAAGGUUUUCUCCAUGCUUGAUUCACAAAGCCUAUGCUACGCUGCAGCAACUUGUUCGCUGUUUAACAAGUGCGCGAUGGAUCCUUUAUGCUAUACCAAUAUUGACUUGACAACAGUUGUCCCGAAGGUUAAUAAUGCUGUUGUGUCUACAAUGAUUCAAAGAGCUGGAAGAUCCCUUCAGUCGUUGAAGCUUGGUAUAGUCCCAGGCCCAACCAUAUCACCUGGAUCUUCUCAACCAUUGGUCUAUACAAUAAGGAGUUCCGUUGAUGUCUCCAACUUUUCAUGGAAUGAUAAGAAGACCAGACAAGGGAAAGAGUCGCCCAUCUUGACCAGGACAUGCUUAAGCCCUUUAAGUGCUGAUGGAAGUGCUGCUGGGAUAUUGUUGAGGAGAUUGCACUUGUACAAUAUUGAAAGAAUGGAUAGUGCAUCACUUUGUAUGGCUUUAUCAGUAUGCCCGUCUCUAAUUGAUCUGGAAAUCGUUGGCCUACAUGUUGAAUUGAGACAAUUCUUGACUUCCGUGGGCUUAAAUUGUCACUUGAUAGAGCGUUUGUUCUUUGAAUCUUCAAAAACAGGUAGAGAUGACAGUUUGAAAUCACCAACUUGUGUUGAUCUAGUCAACAAUUGUCCUCAUUUGACUUCAUUGUCGCUAAGAGGGUUUAAGCUCCACGAUUGCAAAGUUAGAACACUUGUUAAGGGAUUUCGAAAGCUACGAUAUGUUGACUUUUCAACAUCCUACUCAAUCACUGGAAAUUUUCUGAGAAAUCUUGGCAGCACUUCAAUGGGAACAUUACUGGAAUUCCUGAUUUUACGGGACUGUAUGCAUCUCAAAGAGACGGAGGUUGCUCGGUUUUUUACCGCUGUUCUUGCUGGAGAUUUCAAGUGUCUAAGACACGUUGACAUAUCCAAUAAGGAAGGAUUAGCUUCUGAAGGUGACUGGUAUAACAGAAGUUACUGCUCAAGUGUCAUCCCAUUCAAACAGGUAGUGGAAGAAAGGCCGGAUAUUUGUUUGCUAGCAGAUUUUCCAUCAGAGGGGGGAAGUUUUAGCGAGAUGGAACAAAUUAUUGAUAGUGACCUCAAUAGUGAGAUUGGCCUGCCAUUGCAUCAUAAUGGUCAUGCAUCAGAUAGUUCUGUCUUUAUAAGUUCAUCUGAAAGCAGCUACAAUAGUGAUCAAGGCAGUGGUAAUGAGGAUAGCCGUGAUUCCAGCUACGUAAUCUACGAGGAAAGUUCAGAUGAGCUGGACUACUUUCCAAUCUAGGAAAUGCCUUAAGCAAAGGAAAGUUUGGAGAUUGUGCCUUAAAACAAAAUGGUGCGUGCUCCACUGUCAUUUAUAUCACCUAGUACCGAGACUCUGAAUUUUUUGCUUCAUUUAAACUCAGUUCUGCAACAAGCUCUUUAUCUAGCUAUCCGAAUCAAUGGCACCGCCCUAGUCAAGUUUUAACCGCCAAGGGCUGUGGAUUUGAAGGAACGCCGAAAACCCCAGGUUCGUGUAUGCCUGUUGCCUGAACUCCGAAAGUUUCAUCAUGGAUAAAUGCCUAAAGGCCAGAACAUAAUUAGCAACAUCUUCCCUUGUCCCUCUCUCCCCGGUGCAAAAUUGUCAUCCACUUUUAUCGGAUGGAUGACUCAUGACUGAUGCUUUGAUUUUUUCCUUCUCUAAAUUUCUUUCUUGUUCAUGGCGCUUUUAAUUUCUGCUAUUUCAGUUCUGUAAUGGUUGUGGAUAAUCUAGGUGUUGUCAACCGUCUUAUAAUUGCAAUUCGACCACUCUAUUCAAUGAUUAGUUUGCUUCUUGAGAUAUGGAGCAGCUG